GACAACUUUAUAGAAAUCUUCCCUUGUGUUACAAUGUGGUCGACAUCGAAAUAUUUAUUACCGGCUGCCGUGGUGGUUUGUCUCUCAGCUUGCUUCCGAUUAUAUUCACAACUCUCUAGCUUGAACAUAUCUACACUCAUCCACCACCAAUUCAAGGCGCGAGCUCCGCCACCCACGAUAAGUUUCUACAAACUUAGUCUCCAAUGGCCGCCUGCUGCAUGUCAUGGAACGUUAAGUUGCAAACCUCCUAUUCCUUCCAACUUCACAAUUCACGGUAUAUGGCCGCAAGAUCGUAAUGACGAACCAAUACCUCCUUACAAUAAAAAUAAUCCUUGUACCCCAAAGACACCCACUCCUCCCACUAAUCUGCCGAUUAAAUUGCGUCCAAUUGAAGUAUAUUUAAUGUCAGAAUGGCCAAACUUGACUGAUGGUCUAAACUUGACUGCAAACUACCAAUUUUGGGAAUAUGAAUGGAAAAAGCAUGGAACUUGUUCUGAUUACCCUGACGAUCCUCUUACGUACUUCAAGUCUGCCGUAAAACUCAGGCUUGGCAUAAGCACAAUUGUGAGAUUUGGACGCCAGACAAGUUGGACGGUGAAGCAAGUUGCAGAUGAAGUUUUUGAUGUUUUAAAAGCCUAUCCUGAGAUUGCUUGCAAUCUAAACCCACGUGGCACUCAAAAACAAUUGUGGGAGAUUCGUUUAUGCUAUGAUAGGCCAAAUCCCAGACAAACCCCUCACAUUCUCAUAAAUUGUACUCAUAUAUUGCACGUAAGAAAGGGUAAAAUAAUAGGGCCCUGUAAAAGCUUGAGUGAUACAAUAUUUUUCCCCUAGUGCUCUUAUAAAAUUUCGAAUAAUUACUACUCCAAAUAAAUAUAGUUGUUGUAAAGCCCAACUUUAAAUCUUCUUGUCCCACCAAUUUGAUGUUUGAAAUAAAUAAGUAAUUGUAUUA